AAGAAGACACAAGUAGCUGCUGAGUAAAGAAAGAUCAUCGCUAAGCUCUCACCCAAAAGGCUUUUGUCUUCUUGUCGGAGUGAAAAUGGCUUCGUCGUACACGCUUUCCUUUAUCCCUAUGACGGUCGUCGUUUCGCGGCGGAGUGCAUCUCCCUCGCCUUCUUCUUCCCUGAUUCCUCCUCCGUCUCUGCUAGGUAAGAAGCUUCUGGUGACACAACCGUCGCGCCGCCACUUCGUCUCCAAGAAGCACCGGUGCUUGACGUCGGCCAGCACGGUCUUUAGCGUCCCAACUGCGCAGCCGGAGAAUGGUUCUUCGGACAAGAUCCCAAAAUGGUCGGCGAGAGCGAUAAAAUCACUGGCGAUGGGGGAAUUGGAGGCUAGGAAGCUCAAGUAUCCAACUACCGGAAGCGAAGCCAUUCUCAUGGGAAUUUUGGUCGAAGGUACUAGUACAGCUGCUAAGUUCCUGAGGGCGAAUGGAAUCACACUUUUUAAGGUGAGAGAUGAGAUUAUAAAGCUGCUAGGGAAAUCAGAUAUGUACUUCUUCAGCCCUGAGCAUCCUCCUCUAACCGAACCCGCUCGCAAGGCCGUUGACUGGGCUAUUGAUGAGAAGAAGAAAUCUGGUGUGGAUGGGGAACUAACCACUGCCUACUUGCUUCUUGGGGUUUGGUCUCAAAAGGACUCAGCAGGCCGCCAGAUUUUGGAGGCGCUCGGGUUUAACGAAGAUAAAGCCAAACAAGUUGCUGAAGCGAUGAAUGAAGAUGUAGAUUUGAGCUUCAAGAAACAAAGUCAAUAGUGAUGGAGGUUUUAUUACAAUCAGCAAAGCUUAUGCAACUGUAUGGAGUAGCAAAAACCAACUCCUGAUUCAAGACAAACCAGUCUCACUCUUUAUUAGCAUUUCAGUAUUUGGUUGUUUAAGUUUUAUUUAUUUUUGCAUUAUACAGCUAUUGUGCAUCUUAUCACAAGUUCUUCACAACUCCAAAAUAUAAUUCAGUUGCUUUUGCUUCCCGG